UUAAAAAGGUUAACAAUGACUCAAAUCUUUGCAUAAAUUAUGUUUUUCCGUGCCGAUUUGACCCCAAUAUUUGACCCCGAACUGAACCAGGAAGCAAGUAGUCAAAAUUUGAGCUGUGACUCAAAACACGAUUCGUGCACUCCUGUAUUGUACGCAACCCGUAUAUACUGUGCAUGUGUACAUUAAAUGCAGCCGGAGUUCCGCCGAGUUUUAGGAAGUUAAAAACUAGUUAUCUCUCUCGGAAAUGCGAAGGAUUUCAUCGCCAUUUUGCGUGUUUUCAAACUGGAUAAAAUGAUAUAAUGUGACGAACUGUUGCUUUCGAUUGUAGAUCUGUGCAAGAAAAUGGAGGAUAGCUCCCAUAAUGGAAUUUUAAUCGUAAAGUUGCAGAAAUUAAAACACCGGAAUAUCAUGGACCCUGCUCAGACUUCUUCAUAAAGUUUAGUAUCCGGUAAACUACUGUGUGUCGUGCACAACAAACACACGUUCAACUGUAGCCAUAGAGACAACAGAACCUCAAGAUGGCUGUACCAGGCGCAGAUACCGUGUAUGAUCUGACCAUCUUGUACAUGUCAGACGUCACCAACUGGUGCGAGUACCUCUUCGAUAUCUUCAACCCCUUUGAGGUCUACCAGCAGUCGGAGGAAAUCACCACGUUUCCCACUCACGAAAGCACCAUCCACCACAUCAAGAGCUCCCGCGUUCAGGUCCUCAUCAUCUCCCCCAAGUUCAUCGAGACCGCGACCGCCCAAAUCAGGGAGAUCACCGGAAAGAACUCCGUGGUGGGACUCCUGUGCGGCGUGGAGAAGGAGGAGCUGGUCAAGCUCCAGGACAGGAUACCAGACUAUGUGAGCUGGCACCUCGUGGAUGCUAAGGAUGGACCGCGGUGCAUCACGGGCACAACAUUGGACAUUGUGGAUGAAAUGAUCAAACUUGCAGAUCAGCAAGCCCCUCCGGACAUGAACGUAACGGAUGAAGUUUAUUUAACAAUGACGGGGAAUACAUGUAGAGAGCAAGAACCGCAGAGCAAUUACAUGCAAAUGGGAAGAGGAUUACAUCAUGGUACCGGUCCUGCAGACAAGCAAGAUGAUCUGUACCAAUUAAUGAGUGAAGGAAAGGCAGUCCAGGAAGAGGAGUCAAAUUACUUAGAAAUGAAUGUUCAAGAGGAGGAUCUUUAUUUGGAUCUGGAGUUACCUCCAGCUCCACCAGCGGAUGAUCAGCUCUACUUGGAUAUGGGUUCGCCCCCAGCACAACAGCAGAAAGACGAGGAAAUUUAUUUGGAUAUGGAUGAUUCCCAAUUGCACAAUGAUGAUACCUAUGACUGCCCAGUUUCAGAUUUUGGUUCACAGGACACGUAUGAUUUCACAGAUAUUGGAACAUUACCUACCAGAGGUUCACAAGUUACUGUUGUACCAGAUAAAGUGAGAGCAGGGGUAUCUGAAAAAGUGGUAGUAAUAUUCACAUCCAGCAACAUGGUACAGAACUUUGAUGGGUCGUAUAAAAUCCACAUCGCGUUUGAUCAAAAGAAAGCUGAAGUGGUUGCUAGGGUUCUCAAUCCGCAUACACUGAGAUUUGAUUCACCUGCAGAUUUGCCUGGAGGCAUGUACAAAUGCACCCUGACCCACAACGGUAGCCGCAAGGCCACCUUCAAGUUGGGUAUCCUGAGUCCAUCGGCCAUCCUAUCGGAUAUUCUCAGCAAGAGCGUCAACCCACUCAAUUACCUCUGCGAGGUCCUGGACGUAUCGCCGGCCAACAGCAACCAACUCGACAACGAGCUCCACGAACAGUGCAAGAAAUACAUGCCUCAAGGAGGGUUUAGGGACCUUUUGCCGGUGAAACAGCCAAGCAGUGGCAUGCAGAGCACGCUGUUCCCCACGGCGCUGCACUUUGCCGCCAAGUUCGGGCUUCCCUGCGUAUGCGCCAUGCUCUGUGAGUGGCCAGGAGCUGACCAAGCGCUCAGGAUGAAGAACAUUGACGGGAAGACACCCGAUCAGAUGACGAUGGAUGAAGGAGUGAAGAGCUUUCUCCUUGGAAAUAAGGAACGAUCGGUUGCACAACAGCAAGGACAUGGUGAUAUCGGCUAUGUGACAAUGACUCAAAAAGAGCAGCAGCAGCGGAAAGCUAUGAUUGGUGGACCUCUUGGCCCCCCUGACCAAGAUAACCCCCAGAACAGACCUGCGUACGACUUUCCUUUCCCAGUGGCGAUCCCCGUCAGCAAAGAAGCUGACAUCCAUAGAUUAAUAAGUGGUGAUCCUGAUGAUAUUUAUAACUACUACGACAGCUGGGAGAGAUCUGAUACAGGCACUAUGGAGAGAGAUGGAGAUGAUGAUGACGACGAUGAUACACAGGAUUUACCUCCACCUCCGCCAAUACCACGGCCGAUAGCACGGCCGAUUCCACGAGAUACAUACUCUGGGCCUACUUCGGAUUAUGAGACACUGGACAGCGAAGCCCCCUCUGUACCACACCAUGACAUGCCCCCAUCCCUCCCCGUCAGUGCGCCCGAUGAACGACCCGAGCCGCCAGCAGCAAGCAGAAAACCAGUCCCACCGAUCCAACCUCAAAGCGACAACAAAGAUGGUCAAAGAGAUCCAGAUGCGAAACUCCAGAGCCUGAUCGACAUCCAGAAUCGUGUCAAGGAUAAUGAGAUCAGUAUGGACGAGGCAGUCAACCUUUUCAGGGAGUGGGAAGAGAGCCACAAUCAUACACAGUCUAUGAGUACAAGACGAGGUACUGAAAGGGAGAGUCAGAGCAGCCUACAGAAAUUAUUCAAAAGGAAACAAGGGCGUCCCUCUACUGUUUCAGAAUCUGUCAGGGACCAGCGAAGUCAAUCUACAUUCUAUAGACCCACCCUAGGCAAUUCGCGUUCUGUUCCUCAUGCUUCCUCCUCCACGGCUAAUAGCAAUUUUAAGGGGGCUUUUGCAUCACAGCAGGGUGGGCGUCGUCUACGAGCACGAUCAGAACCGGUGGCAACGGGUUUCACGUCGCUAAGUAAAUCUCUUCCAUCCAAACAUCACAAGGAAGCGGCCUUGCGGUCGGUGUCGGCCAAUUCUUAUGGAAUAGCACCCAGCACAGCUAGAGGGGGCAGAGGGGCUGAUAUAUCUGAGAGGCCAGAGAGGUCCCCAACAAGUCUAGGUUCUUCCAGACUAAAUGCAAUGAACGGCUCCUCAGAGAAUUCAAAUGGGCCUUCCAGUGAUACGAAUAGGAAUGAGAAUGGAUCCAAAGCAAGUCCAAUGGAACCACCCCCUCCCAGGUCUCCCAGACCACAUAAAGCAAGAGAUCCGGCAAAGCGUGUCUCGUACACCGGGCGAAACCAGGGCAACUUCAGCCAGGAUUAUAUUGACCGCCCCAUCCCCCCGAUCCCGCCCCGAAACACCUCGGCAGCCCCCAGCAACUACUCUCGCCUGCCCGGAGCCCGCCCCGUCUUCGCCCCCGACCAGAAGGGUAGGACCCCCUUGCCUGGCAUGGUAACGGGCGUCGGUGGUGGAGUAGGAGCAGGUGUUGGAGGAGGAGGAGGAGGAGGAGCAAGGGGCGUAGAUCUGGUGGAGAGCGACGCCAUACCGGAGCAUUCGGAGCACACGGCGCCCCCGACCCAUGAGGGAAUACCUGAGAGGAUGGCCCCCCUUCCCCCGCGGAGGAGUAGCAACGAGCCCGCCCGUAGCACCCUCGUCGAGCCCCUCCGCCGACAAAGCGAGCCUGCGGUCCCCUCCGGCAACGACGGAGGGGGCGAACCCACCUCCCCAUCCAGCGAGCGAGACGCCUCCGGAAAACCCAAGAGACCCGUGCCCAGACCUCGGGCCCCUCGACCAAGAUAGUCAAGAAACCCUGCCUGCUCUUUCCAUCAUCUCCCUUUCAAUGUCGUGCCACUUGAUGAAUGGUUACUGGAGUUUGCUGCACCUAAUGCAAUACGACAUAAGUCUUCCAAUCUCCCAGAGUUAUCUUUUAUAUUUUCCCAAAUAUGCUACAGUAUAUACAAGUACAUGUAUCUUGUUGAAUAUAUAUCUUACUAAAAACUGAUCGUUACUGGAGCUUUGCUGCCCCAUAUGCCCAGUAUAUUGUCUUCCAAUCCUAUUACGCUAUUUUUAUACUUGGCCAAUAUAAUACAUGUUUGUAUAUUGUAAACUUAUAGAUACUGGAAUCUUCUUAUGCCAAAUGCCAUGUGAUACAACCAGUGUAAAGUCUUCCAAUCGCACAGAGUCAUAGUCCGUUUGAAAAUAUUUUGCGAAAUACAUGUACGGUCAAGCCUGUCUAUUAAGGUCACCCAAGGGAAACAGGAAGACUGGCCACUGUAGACAGGUGGCCUAAAUAGAGAGGUGACCACUUAGACAGGCUCGACUGUAUACAUGUACAUGGAUCAAUUGUUGAUAAAGAUUUUUGUUUAAAGAUCAUUCAUAAAAUGAACAAAUCAUGCUACUCUGCAUUAAAAAACAUGGUUACUGUUGUGAUUAGGUCAAGAAAUCAUACAUGGCACGUUGAUUUAGUUUGUUAAUGUUUUUUCUUUUUCUUUAAGUAAUUCUUGCCCUUUUUGUGCCAUACAAUGAUUGGAUAUAAUGAAUGUUGCUUUGUUAAAUGCUGUUUGUGUAUGGUCUAAAAAAAAACAGUUCAUGUAUUAAAAUUUCAUGCCCUAAACAGGAAUCAUAUAUCUGAUUGUAGUAGCAUCUUCUGGUGAUGAAUUCAUUUUUUUUUGUAAACAUGGGGAUGCAACUUUAAUAGCCUCUUACCAAUUUACAAUGGUAAACUUUCUUUUGGUUGAAGAUAUCAUGAAAGGAUAAAAUAAUUUGUUCAAUUGCUCAUCUUUAUUUGUUUUUAAAAGAGAAAAAAAUUAAUUACAUUUAUAAGCUUACACUUGUAAUUUAUAUCCUUGUAUUUGAUGAAGUUAACGAUUUGAGACAGCUCUUACCAGAAAGUGUAGUAGACCAUAUAUGUUGUUGCCUUGAUUUGAAUUUGUGUAAUAGGAUUCUAGUCAUUUGAAUGUAAAUAAUGAUUUUACUUUAUUAUUACUAAUGUUGAGAAAAUGGUAUUGAAGAAGAACAUGGACUCAUGUUUCUAUCAUCUUUCAUGUUCAGAUCUAAAGAAGUAUAUUAGGCAACCUGUUUCAUUGAUCAUAGGCAAAAGACAGUCAUACAAAUGACAGAGGGGUGAGAGAGAGAUUUUGCUGCAAACACAUUGUUAUUUAGUCCAUAUUUUUCUCAAACUCAUAUUCCAUUUGUUAGUUUUGUGUAUUGUGUUUCAAUAAAUUUGAAAUAUGUUAUGGGCACAAAUAUUCUAAUCAGUUCAUAUACGUAUUGAUGUUUUUGUAAAUUUAUAUUUAUCCCCUAAUUUUUGUUUUGCCAAAGAGUACAAAUCUCUGGUAACUCCUUAGUUUAGCUGUCAAGUAAGAAGUACAUAAAGAAUAAAGAAGUAUAUUUUCUCAUUGAGUGUUUGAAUAGUAAGUUGGAAGUAAUAACAAUAAUUUUGAACAGUGACAAUUACAUGUAUGUGAAAUCUUGAAGAUGAAUAGAUUUAUUCUGUUUUUAUUCAAACUCAUAGACCUUCCAUGACAAAGCCUCAAUUUUUAUAUUGAAAAUAUCAAAUUGUUUUUUAACACAAUGAAAGGUAACAUCAGCAGCUAUAGUGUACAUACAUGUGAUAUUUAAACAAUAUUCAUGAAUUGGCAUGAUUUUGUCGCAUUUUGACAAUUUUCAAAUUUGAUUACAUUUAAGGGUAUCUUCAAAACUAUUAAAGAGAGAAGAAAAAAAAAUCUCUUACCUUUUUUUUUAAAUAUACGUGUAGAACUAUUCAUGUAGAGUGCAAUGAAAAAUUGUGAAAAGAAAUUCUUUCAAAAAAGAUACCUCAGGAUAUUUUGUUUUAAAUUUCCUUACAUAGAAAUCUCGUAAUAAAAUAAGAUGUUUUGUACUUAAUAGUGUAGCCUUUCAUUUCUGAAUUGUUAUUGAUUGCACAAAUUUUGUGUUGAAAUUCUUAGUUUAGAAGAAUUAAGAAAAAAACAUUUGUUCUUUGAUCUAUUAAGAUUGUAUAAAAACAUAAAACUGGACUGUCUGUAAAGAAUUUGUUUCAACUGAGCUGGUAAAAAAAUGUUCAUGACCAUCUACUUAAAAAUGGAGGUACCAAAGUUUUCACUGUGUAUAAAAUUAUUGUGAAGUUAGUAUUUCCAGUUCACAGUCAUUCUUAACUUGCAUGACAUUCCUUCAUUGUUUGCGAAUAUGUUAUAGCUCGCUAAAUUUCAAAUGGAUUCCUUCAGAGUGGAAGAUUGUAUCAUUCGUCCUGUAUAGGCAUUGAGCACAAAGAUUGAAGUAUUUCUACCUUAAAAUUGUAUUUUUUUUUUAAUUCCUUGUCGUGAAUGACAAAUUAUUGUGUUUGAGAUGAAGAUUCCAAAAUCAUUAGAAUUAAAUAUAGAAAAUAUAAAUUUGAAUCUACAUGUAAAACGUAUUAAUUACACUUUUUAAAAAGAAGAAAUUGUAAAUAUUAUGGAGAAAGCAACACUAUUUCCUUUCAAAAACCCCGAUUGUUUGAGAACAGCGCAGGUUUUGAUUUUGAUAAGAAACGAGAAUAUUAUAAUAAUGUAAUGCUUUGACUUGUAAAAUAUGUAAUUUUACAAAGAAUUUCAUUAUUUGUUGUUAUUUUAUUCCUCCCCCCCCCCCCUACUCAGAAUAAUGCCUUGCCCGAAUGACUGUGUAAUGAAAGUAUAAAUAAUUGUUUUAAUAAUUGUACAUUUUAUUUUUCGGAAAAACAAAUUUGUUUGACGGUAUUAAAGAUUCUGAUGAUAUUCAGCCAUUGAUGUACAUUUCCAAUAGAUAUUCUAUGAAUAGUUUAUAUUGCACAUAGUUUACAUGUAGAUGCAGCAUUUAAAGGCAGUGAUUUCAAGGGAGAAUUCAAACCAUGAUUUGUUUGAUAAUGUAUAAUACAUUUAUAUUCUUUACUUAAAGGACUUGCAGCUUUAGAAGAGAAGGGGGAAAAAAACCUUCCACUUUUUAUGGGCUUAUAUAACAACAAAGAUAUAUAUUUAUUGUCAUGUCUUGAAUUUUAAGUAGAUAGGUACAAUGUACAGCAACUUAUUGUUUUAAUAUGUGCUAUAAGUAAUUUACUUUUUACAGUUGUAAAGUCAAACAUUCUUUAACAAAUGUUCAAACAAUUUAAAUACUUUUCAUAACCAGCUCAAAUUGUAAAAUAGUGUUGUUAAGAGUUGCUAAUGUGACAAACAAGUCCAAUGAAUUGUUUGAGUCGCUGAUAUGAGAUGAAGAAAUCUUGUUGACCAAAUAUUUUGAUGUUAUAGGUUACGUGCAUUUUGUUUUUUGCAAUUCAACAAUUAUGAUAUGGUUUGGUGUAUAGUGUAUGAUUUGAGAGUAAAUCUACUUUUUUACAUGGAGUUAGUGUCGAGACUUAAAAAAUAAAAAAUCAUGUUUUGAAAUGUGGCGUUUUAUUUCACUACUUCAUUUAAAUCAUUUUAUAAUUAUAGUCAUCUGUACCAUAGUUUUUAUUUUUCUAAAUUUAUACCCUUCUUGUUAACAACUAGUCUUUGACUUUUAAAUAUAAUAAUUUGUAUGGCAGAUACACUUACGUUACAAUAAAAAUACAUGUGUUGAAAACCUGAAAUGUUUUGUGCUGUAAGAACUACUAUUGGCCAAAAUUUGUGACCAAGUAAGCAUAUUGAUGUAGUAGUUUUUCAGGUAUCAUUUAAAACAUAGACUUUAGAUCGAGAUGUGUAUAAAAGCCGAUGCAUAAAAGCUAAAUAUUGAAUUAUGAUUUUUUUAUCUGUCCCAUUACGCAUUUUUUAUGUGUGUAUGCUGUUUUGUUUUACCAUGUACAAGUAUGUGUUUAACUGUUCAAUAGUUGUAACAAGACACACAAUAGUCUUUCAAUUAAAUGUCAAAAUGUUGUUAGCAGUAAGAAGAAAUCAUGAACAGAAUAAUAAUUUUCAAAUAGUCAAGAGUUAUGUACAGUAGUUAUUUACAUGGAAACAUCAUGGAAAUUGUGUACUUUGCCUGUAAAUAUAUUGUGCAGGGUUGGAAAAAUAUCUCUAUUGUUGAUGACUUUCAGAACACAGAAAUAAAUAAAUAUGAAAUGCUUGAUAUGAAAA